AUGACCGAUACAUUGACCGUUCUGGUCUCGAGACCACCGGAAAGCGCGGAAAAUUUAACAGGAUCCCGCUUUGCGCCGCCUAACAACGAACGCAAUGGUAUUCGAGAUUCCUCUCAAGAGCAGAUAGGAGCAGAAUAUUAUCCCAGAGAGACAGAACUGUUUCGAGCGCCAACUUUAUCACCGAGUGAAGAGGGGAUUGAACUUGAACUUCGUCAAUUUUCAACAGCCAUGUCUUUCCCUGAAGGAGGUCGAAAAGCGUGGCUGGUUGUCUUUUCGUCGUUCUGCUUAAUAGCGGCGACAUUUGGACUCACCGCUUCAAUUGGGCUUUUCCAAUCUCAUUGGCAAUCCCACCAACUCUCAAACUAUAGCUCUCAAGAUAUAGCAUGGAUCUCUUCUACCCAAGUCUUUCUGACCUUAUUUUUGGGUGUUCAAAUUGGUCCACUCUUUGAUCGAUAUGGACCGCGAUAUUUGACAUUCGCGGGCUCAGUAGGAUGCGUGUGUUAUCUGCUGCUCCUAGGCCAAUGUACAAAGUAUUGGCAAUUUCUCCUUUGCUUCGGAGUUCUCGGUGGAACAAGUGGUGCGAUAUUGACCACCGUUGCACUCUCCGUGAUAUCCCACUGGUUCAAGGCUCGGAGGGGUCUGGCCACUGGUAUUACCUUUACCGGGACCAGCUUAGGAGGGAUAGUGUUCCCAUUGGCGCUGCGGUCUAUAUUAAGUCACAUGUCCUGGGCUUGGUCAAUGAGGCUAUUGGCUUUAUUUGUAUUCAUCCUAGUGCUAUUCGGAAAUCUGUUUGUGCGAGGCCGAUUGCCAACUCAAAAACAGGGAGGUGUAAUCAACCUGAGGAGCUUCCGGGACGCGAGAUUUGUUUGGACAACCGCUGGGAUUUCGUGUUUCGAAUUUGUGCUCUUUACGGCGAUCGGCCUCCUUCCCACUUAUGCCUUGGAUCAGGGGUUUGGCCGUGAGACGAGCUUCAACGUAAUUGCGAUAAUGAAUGCCGGGUCUGGACUUGGUCGGUAUACUGCCGGUUUAGUUGCAGACCACUAUGGCCGCUUCAACAGCAUGACAGUCUCAAUUCUAAUUUCAAUCUUUGCGACACUUGCACUCUGGCUACCAGCCAAUAGCAACAUCGCUAUUUUCUACACUAUGGUCCCCAUCUUUGGUUUUGGCUCUGGCAGCGUGAUGAGUUUGGCUCCGGUGUGUAUCGGGGAGCUCUGUAAGGUGAGUGAAUAUGGACAGCGAUAUGGGACAAGCUAUAGUGUGACGUUCAGAACCCUCAUCUCAAUCCCGAUUGCUGCCCAACUUCAAGCAGCCGCAGGGACGACUGCCUUCGUGGCGUUUUGUGGUGGUAUGCUGGUGCUGGCGCUGCUCUCGUUUAUAAUGGCCAGAUGGGCUUGCUUGGACUAUAAGUGGCAGGCUAAGGUCAAGAUUUAG